CCAACAGACCACUGAACACCAGCAGCGCCCGGCACCAUGCCGCUGACCUUCGACUUUGGCCCAGAGAAUCGGCCAGAUGUACUGGCGAAGCGAGCCAAAACACCAGUCACCUUGCUGGCGGGCUUCCUGGGGUCCGGGAAAACCACGUUGCUGAAACAUUUGCUGGAAAACCAGCAUGGGUUGCGCAUUGGAGUUGUUGUCAAUGACCUGGCCUCCGUCAACAUCGACUCUCAGCUAAUGCGGCGGUAUGAUCAUGGCCUCGUUGAGAUUGCUGAGCUGCAAAACGGCUGUGUUUGCUGCUCUUCUGCAGAUGACCUUUUUUCAGCCGUGCAGACCAUUGCCAUGCGCUCUAAGGAUUGCCCCUUUGAGCACAUUCUUGUUGAGCUGAGCGGCAUUGGAGAUCCGCAGGCGAUCCGCUGCAACUGGGCUUUGGCAACAGACUGUCAGCUGCCAGCGGCAAUGUUGACACAACUGGCCAAAGUCAUCACAGUGGUGGAUGCAAGCGCCUUCCUGGCAGAUUGGAGAGACACAAGGAAGGCCUUGGAGAGGAAUGGCUCUGCUGAGCACGACGGGCGAGGGCGUGGUAAAGGCUAUAGCACCAGCAGAGAGAUGGUUGGUAAUCUCCUUGCGGAGCAGAUUGAAUUGGCGGAUGUGUUGGUCGUCAACAAAUGUGACCUUGCAAAGGCGGAGGAGCUGAGCAAAACUCUACAAACAUUGCGGGCCAUCAAUCCGACAGCAGAGCUAUGCCAGACGGAAUUUGCUCGUGUGCCUUCCGCCGUGCUCCCACCUGUUCCCAUUGGCCUAAAAAUUCAAACUGCUGGGCAAGAAAAAGGUUAUAGCUGGACACAGACCACCAAGGAGGUUCAGCUCAAAAUGCCCAUCGAGAAGCACGUGAAGGGCAAGGAUAUUGACUUUACUUUGAGGAAGGGCUCCUUGACGCUGGGCCUGAAAUUGCGGGAGGUGGCCAAAGGCGUUUUGGCAGGAGAGGUUGCGAAUGCUGAUGAUGCCAUGUUCGAGAUUGAAAGCAUUGGGCAAGAGCGGCACGUCCUGCUUUGCUUAGAGAAGAAGGAGCCUGGGAUGUGGAGCAGUCUUUGGAAACAGUCCGGCAUUCCGAUGACCAGUUGCCGAUCUGAAACUGGUACUGUCGAGUUCAGAAUUUUGGCCUGGUGACAUACCUACAUAGAUUCAUUGCAAGCCCCAAGUUCUUGUUCUCGUGAUGGGGUGACCUUGGAAAGAUUUAUCCUGGAUCUUGUGCAGAGGGCAACAUGAAUGGUGUCGUGCAAAAACUGGUUGCCAAACUUCAACGGGCUCGUAGACGACAGGACCGUUUUUUCAUGUGUUUCUCUUGGUCUCUCGGUGGAACUUUCGGACGGUGGUCGCCUUUCUGCGAUUGCAUUGGCCGCCUUGGCCCUGUGUCAUACCAGGAUAGCAAGUGAAGAGGCGGGGUGCAAAUCACUGAAAGCCUAGCAGAGUGGCAAGAGUUUGACAACACAUAGCAAGACAGGAAGGGUCCUGGCAUGCUACCAUUUAUUUAACAUAAUUUUGCAUACAACGAAAUGUGAUUUGUUAUAAAUCCAAUUGUGAUCACUUGAGAAUUGCUUGGGAC